AUGGAUAAAAAGAGUCAAUGCCGCAAAUGCAAGCACUACACCAUUCAGACGCAACUCGUGAUUCUUUGUCUACCCGCUUGCCCGCCGAGAUUCAACUCCGAUGUUGACCGUUUUUAUCAGCCGAAACCUGAUAUACUCGAGAUACUUCUGGAAUUAGACAUCGGCUUAAGCCUCAAAUCGAUCAGCCAUGAAAACGAGGGGAAUAUU